GUGUCCGUCUCUGAGAAAGGACUCUGCAAGUAAGGCUGCGACUAGGGACGGUCGACUUCUCCUGGAGCCCACGUUCCCUUCGCCGGAAAAGAGGCCUGCAGUUGUUAAUAUUAGUUAUCUAGGAAUCCCAGAAAGGGAAUGGAGAUGAUGGUCAAGGUGGGUCCUCAUGGGACGAGACAGGGCAAUCCCUGGGAUGACAAAGGCCAAAGCAUGCUAACCCAGAUCUUCAUUUCCUAUGACAGUAAAAGGGUAAGAUCCAUACAGACUGCAUACCUUGUUGGUGGGAAAGUGCAAUUAUCUGAUAAACAUGGCGGAGAUGGAGAUAUGUUCACAACGGUUAAGAUAGAUUAUCCCUCUGAGUUUCUUAUUGGUAUUAGUGGUUACACCGGUGCUCUCUGGAGUGAUUAUAUAGUGAGGUCUUUGACAUUUGAAACCAACCGGAGAAAGCUUGGACCGUUUGGGAAAGAGGAAGGGACGCAUUUCUGCAUUCAAAUGGGGGCUAAGCAGCCAGUUUUUGGAGGAUUUCAUGGAAGUUCGGACUCAAAGUAUCUCUUCUCGAUUGGAGUUUAUGUGAAGCCUAUGAAUACGUUGGAGGGUACCAAAUUACAUACUUCAUCCGUGAAGGUAAGAUUGUAA